AUGAAUAAUAUUAUCUGUGAAGUUGUGCCUUCUAUUCGUAAUAAAGAUAAACUUAAUGUUCAUGGUUAUCUUAUGAUUAAAGACAAAAAUCGAAGAAAUUUAUAUUACUGGUCUUGUGAAAAACGUAAUUUACUACAAUGUCGUGGGCGGGCAACUACUAAAUUAAUUGAAGAUCAACAUUAUCUUCAACAUGCUUCUGAUCACAAUCAUGCCGCAGAAGCCAGUCGGGUUAACGUUAUAAAAACUAUUAAUGUAUUAAAAGAGCGUGCACAACAAACUAAUGAUAAACCUGUACAAAUUAUUCAAUCUACAAUAGCUGAUACUUCACAAGAA